UUCUGCUAUUCGGGUUCUUCAACUACAUAUGGAAAUGGGCAUCUUUCCUUUUCUUCCUCAUUUCCCUUCUUUCUUGUUCUUCAAUCAUCACCACUUCUACUUGUACAAAGAAACCUUCUUUGCCACACAAAAAAUGGUGGGUUUGUUUGUGAUAAUAGCAAUAACGUUAGUAUUGAUGAUGCCUUGGCUUCAUUCUAUCGCAUGAUCCACAUGAACCCUAGGCCUUCUUUUGUGGAAUGUGGCAAAUUCUUAGGCUCCAUUGCCAAAAAGAAACAGUAUUCCACUGUUGUCUCCUUGUGCAAUCAAAUGAAUUUGUUUGGAGUUACCCACAAUGUUUAUUCUCUAAAUAUAUUGAUUAACUGCCUUUGUCGCUUCAACCAUGUUCAUUUUGCUGUCUCUAUCUUGGGUAAGACGGUCAAACUGGGUAUGCAACCUAAUGAUAUCACAUUCAAUACCCUCAAUAAUGGGCUCUGCAUUGAGGGCGAGAUUAAAGAGGCAGUAGGAUUGUUUAACGAGAUGGUACGGAGACGGCAUGAGCCUGAUGUAAUUAGCUAUACUACUGUAAUCAAUGGAUUGUGCAAAACUGGCAACACAAGUAUGGCUGUUCACGUGUACAAGAUGGAACAAAAUGGGUGCAAGCCAGAUGUGGUGACAUAUAAUACAAUCAUGGUCAGCCCUUGCAAAGAUAGGCUGGUUAAUGAUGCCAUGGAAUUCUUAUCUGAAAUGGUGGAUCGGAGCAUUCCACUACAACAUUGUUCAAAGAAAUGGUUGGUAGGAAUGUUAUGCCAAAUACAGGAUAUUGUCUUUGAAACGAUGACCGAGGAAGGUGCUGAGCCAAAUGUUUACACCUACAAUGCCUUGAUGGGUGGAUAUUGUUUAAAUAACCAAAUGGAUGAGGCCCAAAAGGUGCUCGACAUCAUGGUUGGCAAGGGUUAUGCACCUGCUGUACAUAGUUACAACAUCUUGACCAAUGGAAAUUGCAAGAGAAGAAGGCUGGACGAGGCAAAAAGAUUACUUUCUAAAAUGUCUGAAAAGGAAUUGACUCCUGAUACUGUCACUUACAGCACUCUUAUGCAAGGUUUCUGCCAAGUAGGGAGACCUCAGGAAGCUCUAAAUCUUUUCAACGAGAUGUGUUCUUCUGGCCUGCUUCCAAAUUUGAUGACUUGCUUGAAAUUGCUAGAUGGCUUUAGGGGGACAACCAAACCAACAGGGCCUUCUCCAGGCAUGAUGGGCAUCAUAAUCUCCUCCUGUAAAGCAAUCAUAAUCAGUGGAAGCACAAAAACUAGAGUCUUCCCAGAUCCUGUAAAGGCAAUCCCAAUCAUGUCCCUUCCUGGAUUGCUUUCAUCUUCUGAUUCGAAGGAGGUGAGGAACAAACAGUCAGAGAUACCGCAGAUUUUUAACCUAACAAUGAUGAUGUUCACGCGGAAAAGCGCUUUUAGAGGUUUUCAACAACAACAAGUGGAAAUGGGUAUUCUUCUUCCUCCUGAUUUCCCUUCUUUCUUAUUCUCCAAUCAUCACCACUUAAACACUUCUACUUGUACUAAGAAACCUUCUUUGCCUCAAAACAAUGGUGGGUUUGUUAGUAAUAACAGCAAUGACAUUGGUAUUGAUGAUGCCAUGGCUUCAUUCUAUCGCAUGAUCCACAUGAACCCUAGGCCUUCUUUUGUGGAAUUGGGCAAAUUCUUAGGGUCCAUUGCCAAAAAGAAACAGUAUUCUACUGUUGUAUCCUUGUGCAAUCAAAUGGAUUUGUUCGGAGUUGCCCACAAUGAUUAUACUCUAAAUAUAUUGAUUAACUCUCUUUGUCGCUUGAGCCAUAUUCAUUUUGCUGUCUCUGUCUUGAGUAAGAUGUUCAAACUGGGUAUUCAACCUGAUUCUGUCACAUUCACUACACUCAUUAAUGGGCUCUGCAAUGAGGGGAGGAUUAAAGAAGCAGUAGAGUUGUUUAAUGAGAUGGCUGGUAGGGAUGCCAUGCCAAAUACAGUGACCUUCACUAUUUUGGUUGAUGUACUCUGCAAAAAAGGAAUGGUUUCAGAAGCUCGGUGUGUCUUUGAAACAAUGACUGAAAAAGGUGUAGAGCCAAAUAUUUACACUUACAAUGCUUUGAUGAAUGGGUACUGUUUACGGCUCGAAAUGAAUGACGCCAGCAAGGUGUUUGAAAUCAUGGUUGGCAAGGGUUGUGCACCUAGUGUACAUAGUUACAGCAUCUUGAUCAAUGGAUACUGCAAGAGUAGAAGGAUAGAUGAGGCAAAAGCAUUACUUACUCAAAUGUCUGAAAAGGAAUUGAUCCCUAAUACUGUCACUUACAACACUCUUAUGCAAGGUCUAUGCCAUGCAAGUAGUCUUCUAGAAGCGCAAGAGCUAUUCAAGAAGAUGUGUUCUUCUGGCAUGCUUCCAAAUUUGAGGACUUACUCGAUUUUGCUAGAUGGCUUAUGCAAACAUGGACAUUUGGAGGAGGCUUUAAAAUUGCUCACGUCAAUGCAAGAGAGGAAAUUAGAACCUGAUAUAGUCCUUUAUAAUAUUCUUAUUCAAGGCAUGUUUAUUGCUGGGAAGCUUGAAGUUGCAAAGGAACUAUUUUCCAAGCUUUUUGCUAAUGGAAUACGACCUUCUGUACGGACAUACAAUAUCAUGAUUAAGGGACUGCUUAAAGAAGGGCUGUCAGAUGAAGCAUACAAAUUGUUUCGAAAAAUGGAAGAUGAUGGCUUCUUGCCGGACAGUUGUUCUUAUAAUGUUAUCAUUCAAGGAUUUCUUCAAAAUCAGGACCCGUCAACUGCUAUACAACUUAUUGAUGAAAUGGUUGGUAGGAGAUUCUCGGCGGAUUCGUCUACAUUUAAGAUGUUAUUGGAUCUGGAAUCUCAUGAUGAAAUCAUAAGCCGAUUUAUGCGUGAAAGCUCUCAAAUUAGAAAAAUGAAGUGA